UUAAAAAUGGACGCAGAUCUAGCAAUGAACCAAGAUGACGAUAUGUCUGAGUUUAUAUUCCCAAUUAAGCGGGAACAGAUGACCUUUGAGCCGACAGACGGCCGAAUCUAUGUACAUGAGCUGUUAGAGAUACAAGGUGCGAACAAAGAAGAGCGGUAUGACUUUAUCACAAACCUUUCUUCCGCAAUUGGGAGGAAAGAGUCCAUACAUAAGGUACUUGACCCAGAGAACUACGACAUGCUGUUUUCGUUUGUCCAUUUUAGUAACAAGUGCAAUACUGACGAGAAAGCCAGUGUCCUCGAUAUUAUCACAAGAUGUUUGAGUAAUCUCCAGAAAUUGAUUAAAGGCCCAUUAGAGAGAUUUGAAGAAGUCAGAAAUAGCGAAAAUUUCGAUACCUACAGAAAUGUGCUAAAGUGUCUGACUUUUUUGAUCCAUGUGUUUGUAGAAGAAGCAAGCCAAUCCAGUACAUCCAAGAGUGACCUUCAGAGAGUUAAAGGAAAUAGACAAAGACGCAAAGCCAAAGAUGAUUCUGUGAACUUUUUAGCAGCAAUCAAUAAGAUCAAUCUGCUGCUUGAUUGAGACCUCCAUUAUUUGUGGAAGAAGACCAGAAAAGUAGAAGCAGAUUUUAUUAAGUGCUUGUUUGACAUUGGGUUCAACUUGCUUGAAAACUCAAAAGCAUUCAAAAACAAUACCGAUUUGAAGGAAGAAGUAUUCCAGUUCUUACAGAAGAUUAUCUCUAAAUAUUCAAAGGAGCUUUCUGGCGCAUUGACACAAAUUAGUGCGAGGAUUAUUUCAGUUAUGUAUAAAAUUGAAGAAAUCGCGGAACCCCUUGCCGAAUUUGUAAUAGUGUAUACUCAAAAUGAAAAUGAUAGCACUCUUGCCACUUCUAUCCUUGAUGAACUAUUGACAGCAGUCUUUAACAGUGACAGCUCACAUGAGUCUAUUGGUAUAAAGAAUAACUCGAUAUUUUUGAGUAAAUUAAGUUCAAGUUUAUCCCAGACAAUGUUCUCUUCACUCAGCAAGCUGCUAGGGCUUCUUGACUGAGAAGCAUACCAGCUCAGGAUCGCUUUUGUGAACAUCAUGACCAAUUUCAUUGUAGAGAUAUUGACUAACAACAUUAAUGAGAUUGAGGAUGCUGAAUUAAGAACAAAUUACCAGAAAACUAAGGAGAAGCUACUUAAGAUCCUCCUGCGAAGGGUCUUUGAUAAGACUUCUUUCGUGAGGAAGGAGGUUCUGAACUGAUUCAAGCUCAUGGUUGUCAAAAACAAUAUAGAACCUUACUUCUACAGCGAGUUGAUUGCAAUGAACCUCGGCAGGAUGAAGGAUCAAUCCAUUAAUGUCAGGAAAGCCGCUAUGUCCUUAUUCGAAGAAAUCAUAAAGAUCAAAGCGAUCUUUUAUGAAAUCAACGAAAAAGAUGGAGUUGGGUUUGAUAACAUCAAAAAGAUCGAUGAGAACAUCCUGAGUAUUGCUAAGAUCGUCUCAGAGCAUAAAACUUCUACUGAUAAGUUGAAGGACGACAUCAAAGCUCUUAGAAUAGAGUUCUGAAACAAAUAUCCUGAAGAGAGUAAGGAAGCUAUUAAUGAGAAGCUUAAAGCUGAUGAGAAAUUUAUCGAGCUCAAGGAGAAAUAUGACAGUGUACAGAAGCAAAAGGCUCUUAAUGAGGACUUUAUUGAGUUUUAUGAAGGAUACAAGGAGCUUAUACUGUCUCUGGAGUCAAGUGUACCCCUACUCACACAGUUGCUCGGUAGUCCUCAUUCUUCAGAUGUGAUAGAAUCUAUUAAGAUCCUGACUUAUCUACAAAAGAUGAAGAUUGAGAAAGCAGUAGAAGGCACAAAGAAGAUCUUAGUACUGUUCUUUAACAAAGAUAACCAAGUAAAGGAUGAAGCACUGAAUGCUUAUAAGAUCUUGUACCUAGACGACAAGCUAAACCUCACUAACAGAGCAUUUGCAUUGAUUGAGCUACUUAAGGAUGCUGAUUCCUCUGAAGAAGCAUGUGUUGAAGAAUUCCUAACUUGUGCAGUAAGGAAGAAAGUAAUCUCAAAUGAUAUUUACAAAGCACUUUGGAAGAUAUUUACAGAGUGUUCUUCAACCAUAGUAGAAAAGAAGAACGGAUGAGCUGCUUUGAAGAUCCUGAGAAUAGCAACUGAGCACCAUCAAAACUGUCUUGAAAGCCAGGAGGACACUUUGAAAGAACGUACUAUUAACGAACUGAAAUCCUCCAAUGCAGAUUUCAUACUAAUUUCUGAGAUGAUCAAGUCUUGGGAAAAGAUCAACACCCUAAGAAAGCAACGAAAUGAGAGAGAAGUUGAUGACUUUAUACUUAAACUAAUGAUCCAGAUUAUCAAACAGUUCGGAACUGAAGACGUUGAGUGGAACUGUGCAGCAGAACAGUUCCUAAAUUCCCUAUUCGAGCUAAAAGACCUAAAGGCUUACAAGAAAGCUGAGCUGUUUGUUCAUAGUCUGAUCAAGAAGAUUUCCCUAGAUCAUGAGCCAGAGAUUGAGCGCAUAGAAGAAGAGCUAUAUCAGAGAGAAGAUAUUGAGAUUGAUGAGACUUUGUUCAACAGUAAUCUGAACUUCUCCCAAUUCAUGCUGGCCCAGCUCCUAUUCGUAGCAGGCCAUAUGGGGAUUAAGAUGAUUAUUUACAUUGAAAACGUAGAGAAAUUACUUGAGAAGAGAGCAGAGAGGAAAAAGCAGAAAAAGAAAGAAGACAGAAAAGAUAAUGACGAGGACCAAGAAGAAGAAUUGGAUAUCAUCGCAGGAGGUGAUGAUAAGGAGCUCGAUAAUGACCUUAAGUAUCUGAGAACUUUGCAGGAAGAAAAGCUGUUACAGAGAAACUUACUCUCAAAGUUUGUUAAAGUCACUGACAAGAUAAUAGAGCAUAUUUACCAAAAGUAUAAAGAUGUGACAGAGAAGAAAACAGCAUCCUUUUUGGAAAGAGUUUCUGUCUUGACUCUAUGAAAAUUCAUGCUUGUGAGUGGCCAAUAUUGUGAGUCAAGGAUAAAGAUGCUAUUUAAACUUCUGAUGCUCCAAAAUCUUGAUCCUAAAAUUAAGAGUAAUAUCUUGAUUUGCAUAGGAGACCUUCAUAAAAGACAUCCAAAUAUAGUUAAGCUACAUCAGGAUGAUUUCUUUAAGAAUCUGAGUUCCCCAAAUAGUUAUGUCAAGAAAAACUGCCUGAGAGUCAUUAGCCAUCUAAUUCUAAACGACAUGAUUCUGAUUAAAGGUGAGAUUAGUGAUAUCUGUGCUCUUCUUAAUGACCCUGAUGAAAAGAUUAGAGAUCUAGUGAAACUAUUCCUUCAUGAGUUACAUUCCAAGAACAAUGACAAGAUUUAUAACACAAUUUCUGAAGCCAUCAACAACCUUGCGGAGAAGCAAAUGUUCACUGCAGAAGAUUCUGAAAAAGUUGUUGAUAUCUUGAUCAAGUAUAUCCAAAAAGAUAAGCAAAUCGAGACUCUUUUAGAUAACCUUUGUGCGAAGAUGGGCAACUCCAUGGGACAAGAGAAAAUGAACGAAGUGAGGAUCACUUCAUACACAAUUUCAAUCUUAAACCUCUCUGAAAAGCAUUUGCCUAGACUAAUGGAUCACUAUGAUAAGUAUAAAGCUUGGAUACAGAAAGAUGAGUAUGUCAGAAACUGCUUCCUGAACAUCCCGCCAAAAUUCAAGAAGAACAACGAAAUCAGGGAUUUGAUUGAUAUGAUGGAGACUAAAUUCACUCUAGACUCUUCAAGCCACUUACCUACUUCCAACGAGACCAAUGAGAUAAAACAGAGGUUCAACCAAGAACUUAAGAAGAGAAGAGGAGGCCGGAGGCGCAACCAGUCCCCUCUGCAGAACAUGGAGACCAACAUAGAGAACCAUUCAGGGCAAAUGGAGGUUGACUCAGCUAUCUCCUCUCCCUCGAACAUAAAGAGAAAGAGGAGGCAUAAUGAAAUUUCUACUUAAUCAGACAUAAUUCCCAUAAUUUCCUUUAAAACU